AUGACUAAUUGUAUCAAUGAAAUACCAUUAACACGAAAAAGUCGAACAUUAAUCUUUCUUGGCGCAACGGCAGGUCUUCGUUUAGCUGAACUUCGAAAUUCGUCAUAUGUUAAUAGUUUAUUGAACAGUACUCGUACUUAUUUGAGUUCUCUUGGUCUUCUAUUUCGUUCUCCUGAACAUCAAGUACGUAUAAUAAGUGGCAGUGAAGAGGGUUUAUCCGGUUGGAUAUCAGUAAAUAUUCUCAUGCGGCAAUUGUUUGAAAAUACGAAACCAAUCGAAACCUAUGGUGUUUCAGAUUUUGGUGGUGGAAGUACACAAUUAAGUUUCAUAGCUCCCCAUGCCAGUAAACAACGUUUUACAAUGAAUCUAUUUAAUGCAACUUAUGAUGUUUAUUCACAUUCAUAUUUAUGCUAUGGACAAGAACAAUCACGUCUCGUCUAUUUGAGUCAAUUGAUAAAACGAACAAAUGCAACAUCUUCGAUAAAUGAUCCAUGUUUACAAUCGGGUUAUAUUCAAAAUAUAACAUAUAAAGAAUUAUUUAGUACAGCUUGUAUUCACAGAGAAUAUGCACCAAUUACAAAUCUUAAUCAAUCUACAACAUUUUCAUUCGUAGGAACAGGUGAUUAUGCAAAAUGUCAAAUGACUGUGAAACAACGUUUUAAUAAAUCAUCAUGCUCAACACAAAAUUGUAGUUUCAAUGGUGUCUAUCAACCAGUACCAAUAUCUUCGUCAUUAAAAUUCAUUGCUGUAGCAGGAUGGUAUUCAGUAUUUAAAAAUUUAGCACCACAUUUUUCUCUAUUACCAAAUAAAGAUAAUAAUUAUGAAUUGACUUCUCUAAAUUUAACUCAAAUAAAACAAGCUGUGAAAACAAUUUGUAAUCAAUCAUGGUCCGAUGUACAUGAUCCGGAUAGAUAUCGACCAUUUUUGUGUUUUAAUUCAAUGCUUCAUUGGACACUAUUUGAAUAUGGUUACUCAAUGACCGAUGAAAAUCUGAAGAAUUUUCAAAUUGUCAAAAAAAUCGAAUCAAAUGAAAUCGGCUGGACAUUCGGUUAUAUGAUAAAUCAAACGAAUUAUUUAGAUCCACAAUAUCGACCGAGACGUUUAUUGACACAAGAUGAAUUUAUUGUUUUAUUGACUCUAUGUCUUUUAUUAUGCACUAUCAGUUUAGCUACAGCAGUCACUGCCAUAUAUAUCUACAAAAGACAUCGAAAAUGA